UAUAUUUAGAUAGACUCUAUCAUUCAUAUUCAAAAUAACACUAACACCGGCCACGGCAAAAUGUCGGCACUCAAUUUAGUUUUCAUUCUAGGAAUAUUUCAUUUUUACCAAGUGACCGCCAAUCUCCGGUGUAUGGAAUGCGUACACAUCAGGUGGAACCGCUCGCUUACAUUCCAGGGCUUUCAGACCAUAGACAACAUCCUCCUCUCCAAGCACAACCCCAGUUGUGAGCAGAGGGACCCGUUUGGGAGCACCUAUGACCAGAACAUGCAAUACCCAAUCCAGAACCCUAACCAGGGCAUGAACGGUCAGUUCAUGACACCGGCCCCGGGGGUUCGCGACACGAUCUGCCCCACGCAGUUGGGACGCUGUGGAUACUUGUACGGUGACGUGGUCAUCCAACUGAACACGUACAACGUCGAAAUGCUGCUGAACAUGCACGUGCGAAACUGCAUGGACGUGCCGCCGGAAAUGGAUAACCGAUGUUAUGACCGGAACUCCGCACUCGGAAACCGGGAACUUCUCAGCUACUUCCGCGAAAAGCUCGGUUUCCUGUCUCCCGAUAUUACAGUGAAAUCGUUUGUGGGAAAGCAGUGCGUCUGUGCCUCCGACAUGUGUUACCCCUAUUUAAAUGACGCACGCCCAGUGAUUGUAUCCCUGUGGAGCACAUUUGCGCUGCUGGUAGUCGGCAUCCUGUUGUCAUGACAACGUUGCGAGUAGCCGGGGCGACUGACAAUGGGAACCCAAUAUGUCAGGAAUAGCUUGGUAGGGAGCUGCGAUUCCGCUAAGUUUAGUGUAAGCGUUUUACGACAACGUUAAUACUCGUCAGGCUCAAAUAAUUUUAAGAGAUCUUUUAGUCUUUUAUUUUGUAUAAACACGUAUUAUAUACAUUUAAUUUUGUGUUGCAUUCUCAUAUCAUAUCUUAACCAUAACUGUACUUAAAGAAAUAAUUUCCGGCUUACAGUUGGUUAUUGAUAUUUUAAGCAGCGGUUUGGAGUUCUCAUGCGUUUGAAUAAAACUACAAUGGCGAAAGUACGGGUUGUUUGCUAACAAGCAUCCAAAUUAGAAACUGUUGGUUAUCGCCCUAAUUAAUAUGAUAUAACACGCUAAUUGAAAUGUCUACUGGAUGUCGGCAGAAAAACCUCAGUUUUUUUAGUUGUACAAUUUUUAUAAGAACGGCAAUUGACGUUGAAAUCUGUAUGUCCAGGCUAACAACUGUACGCUCAGACUAAAAUACUUGUUACGCAAGGAUGUGUUUUCGUCUCGCUCUGGGAAAAUGGGGCCUAAUGCAUAUGCCUUAAGUGUCUUCCGAGAUUAGACUGUGGAUCGGCGCAAGCGUAUUGGAGAUAAAACUUUCUUUCUUGAUUGGGAUGGACUUCUUUGAGAAAAAAUCCUUAAAAGCUGAACAUGUCGCCCGUUAUAAGCCUGUGCGGACUCCACAGGCUAAUCUGGGACCAAUGCAUUAAGCUACGUUUUUCUUUGACGAGGCAAAUGUGUAAUUAGCUAAAACAUUCAAGAGGAGGGGUUGACAUUGAGUCUAUACAAGCAAAUAGGGCAAGGUUUAAUUGUGUAUUUUAAUCUACAAAUCGUAUAAAGUUGCGUUGAAUUUUUUCGAAAUAAUUCCAAUAACUGUGUAACAUUGUAUUCCAUGCUAAAUCGUGGGUUUUUGCGUAUCUCUGCCAAACAAGAUACGCUAAUUUCGUUUUUGUACAUAUUUUAUGUCUAUAUUUUAUGAAACUUGUAUGUGUGCUUGCGUGUGUUGUAACGAUACAGGUGAAGUAGCAAUAUAGAAAUAUGCUUUUUGUGCACUGUUUGAUAGCCUUAUGUUGAAACUCAUUACACAUAUGUCUACUACUAACUCGUGUGUAUUUUUUCUUAGCAACCAAUUAUUAUUUUAAAGUGCAAUUAUUGUAGAUUUUGUACAAAUAAUAUUUUUAGUCCAUCCAUGUAAUAUAUGAUGCAAUAUUCGAUAAUAAAAGUCGUACAAAAAUAA